CUCCAACAAAAGUAUGGGAAAUGGGGUAAAGUUUUGGGAAGCGGAGCUGGUGGUACUGUUCGUUUGGUUCAACAGGAUCGAGAUGCACCAAUUUAUGCAGUCAAACAAUUCAGACCUCGACGGAAAGGGGAGAAUGAGAAGGAAUACCUUAAGAAAGUGACUGCUGAGUUUUGCGUAGGCAGUGCAUUGCAUCAUCCUAACGUCAUUGAAACCAUUGAAAUCAUUUCUGAACGUGGUCAUUAUUAUGAAGUGAUGGAAUAUGCUCAAUACGAUCUUUUUGCAAUUGUCAUGUCGGGUAAGAUGGCUUUACCGGAGAUUUAUUGCGUUUUCAAACAAAUCGUCAAUGGAGUCGAGUACCUUCAUUCCAUGGGUUUAGCUCAUCGUGAUCUCAAAUUAGAUAAUUGCGUAGUCAGUUCUGAGAGUUGUGUAAAGAUCAUUGACUUUGGUACAGCUACUGUCUUUCAAUACCCUGGCCAAAGCUCCAUACCUACUUCCGGAGUGGUCGGUAGUGAUCCUUAUUUAGCACCGGAAGUUCUCAAUUCUAAAGAGUAUGAUCCUCGCUUAACGGACGUUUGGAGUGUGGCCAUCAUGUUUAUGUGUAUGGCGCUUCGUCGGUUCCCUUGGAAAUUA